AUGUAUUGGCUAUUUCUUUUUGUAUUUGUUGUAUUUGUUGCUCACUCUCAGGUGAUUAUAACCUAUUUUGAAGUUAACAAUGUGAUUUAUUUUGAUGGUUUUUUAACAAAUGAAUGCAACCAAAAAGAUUUCACGUUAACUGUAAGUACAACAACUGAAAAUGGAAAUACCAUUUAUAUCGAUUCUUUUAUUUUUUUAAAUUCAUGUUGUAACAGUACUUUACUGACAUUCACCGAUUUAAACAAUCCGACACUUGAAUACAAAAUUUUUAACAUAUUUCAAGAAAUAACAUUGAAAUAUUUUUUCAUACAAACGCGGUUCAGAGAUUCAAGAAUUACACUUGAAGAAAAUAACCGCCCUGAUAAUCUUUUUGUUUCAAUGGGGUGUUUCAACAACGAAAAAAAUUGCAGAACAGAAAUUGGUGACAACCAACGCCCAACCGUCGCUUUUUUCAAACGUGGAAUUCACUUGUUUUCUAACAUUGACCAGCACUGGUGGAUUGUAUUUCAUCGAAAUGAGACUUUGUCAUAUUCACCGUAUAUUUUGAUCGAUGGCACAACAAAUCAAACUUCCACUUUUCAUUUACAAACAAACAUAAACGUUGGAGAUGUGGAAUUUUCAUAUUUGAGGUAUCUCUUCAGUGGAAAUGAAUUUACACAAAUUCCAACACUUCAAUGGGACGAUGAUUAUACACACAAAGAUUUGAACGUGAAAGUUGUUUGUAAACGAACGAUAAGUACUUCUGAAAAUGCACUUAAAAGGUUCUUUAUGAUAUCAACAAGUUAUGAUGAAAAUUUAAUCAAUGAAAGUACUUUGUGUGGUUGUGUUCCUAAUUCAAAUUACAUUAAAGAUGAUAACACCACUUUCAAUAUCAGUGAUUGUCGAUUUAACUCAUCAUACUUUGACUUGGACUUAACAAAACUAACGAAAGAUAAUAAUAAUAACACUGAA